GCUCCCUCAGCCUCUCCUGGUGCUCCAGCCCCUUCCCAGCUCCGUUGCUGUCUCUGGGGAAGAGCGUGCAGGACUCUGCCAUGCUGUGCAGCUCUGGCAGCCCCUGGCCACUGGUCUGGCCAUUGCUGGCAUUUUUGGACAGAGCCCAAAGCCCUCGGUGCUCCCAGGCGAGCUCAGCCCUGCCGGGGUGCCUGGGAGGCGCUCAGGUGUCUCGGCUCUCCCUGCAGGACCGACUCGCGCGGGGUGAACCUGAACCGGCAGUACCUGCACCCCGACGCCGAGCUGCACCCCGCCGUGUACGGCGCCAAGGCCGUCCUGCUCUACCACCACGUCCACAGCCGCGUCCUGCCCGGCUCUCCGGACUGGAGGACGUUUGUCUCCCCUCUCAGCACCAGCUCGCUGAGCUUAAAAUCUCCCAACUGUCCCAUCCCAGCCGUGGAGACCGCAUUAUCAGAGCUGGACAAAACCAACAACCUCCGCAACUCCCCCGGCACCUGGCGUGCCGGCACCCGCUCCGGCCUGGCUGGCAGCGGCCCCAGGACGCCGGCCCAGGAUGCCCAGCUGUCAGACAGCACAGAGCCGGCCGCCUGGAUCCUCCCAUCGAGCCACAGCAGCGAGCGCUGUGAGGAGGGGCCGUGGGCGCCUGCCCCAGCCCCCGUCCCCGCGGCUGCCGAGCCCGCAGAGCCCAUUGCACCCCGGGACAGCGGCCUGGCCUACUACGUGGACCUGCACGGGCACGCGUCCAAGCGCGGCUGCUUCAUGUACGGCAACAGCUUCAGCGACGAGAACGACCAGGUGGAGAACAUGCUGUUCCCCAAACUCAUCUCCCUGAACUGCCCUCACUUUGACUUCACGGGCUGCAACUUCUCGGAGAAGAACAUGUACGCCCGGGACAAGCGGGACGGGCAGUCCAAGGAGGGCAGCGGGCGCGUGGCCGUCUACAAGGCCCUGGGCAUCAUCCACAGCUACACCCUGGAGUGCAACUACAACACGGGGCGCUCGGUGAACAGCAUCCCGGGGGCCUGCCACGACAACGGCCGUGCCAGCCCCCCGCCGCCGCCCGCCUUCCCCUCCCGGUACACCGUGGAGCUCUUCGAGCAGGUGGGCCGGGCGGUGGCGGUGGCGGCCCUGGACAUGGCCGACUGCAACCCCUGGCCGCGGAUCGUGCUCUCGGAGCACACCUGCCUGGGCAACCUGCGCGCCUGGAUGCUGAAGCACGUGCGGGGGCUGCGCGGCACCAGCGGGGGCCCGCGGAGGAGAGGAGGUGCCAGGACCCCCCCCAGGAGCUCCACUGGGCUGCCCACCUCGGCCUCUGACAACGCACUGGCCCGCGCCAGGAGCUUCAGCAACGGCACCAGUGGCAGCGGGGGCAGCCAGCAGGACUCCCCCCGGAUCCGGGCCUCCCCCAGCUUCACCUUUGGCAGCCCCAGGCCCCCGGCCGCCGCCGCGGCCUCCCAGAGCCCCGUGAGUGGCGGCAGCACCCCGGCCCUGGGCAGAGGGACCGUGCCCAAGGGCGCCCGGGCAGCGCCGAGCACCGGCCACAGACCACGGGAGGCACAGCGAGGCGUGCAGGGGCUCCAGGACACGGCACCUCUGCAGGUGCUCCCAAUGAAGCUGAACGCCCGCAGAGCCCCAGACAGGCCUGGGGCUCUGCCCGGCGCCCCCCGUGCCCCCCGUGCGGGUGCUGAGCACCGACGGACCCUUCCCGUGCUGAGUGCUCCCGUAUCCCGAGCACCGGCCCCGCCGUACCGGGCAGCAGCGGCGCCGGCGGGGCUCCUGCGGCCCUGCUCCGCCCCGUGCCUGCAGCGCCUGUCCCCCGCCGCCGCCGCCCCCCAGCACCGCUCGGCGCUGGCGCGGCUGCUGCCCACGGCGCCGCUGCUGCUGCGCUGAGCCCCGCGCGGCCCC